GGCUGCAGGCUGGGCAGAGGCCAUGGGGAGACAGGCGAGGGCUACUGGCUGGCAUGGAUUAAUGAGAGUCAAGGGGACUCCAGGCUGGUAAGGGUUAAUGGGAGCCUCAAAUGGGACUCCAGAAUGGAAAGGGUUAAUAAAGAGUCAAAGGGGUGCUUCAUCCUGGAAAGGGUUAAUAGGGAAUAAGAGAGCUCCCAAUUGGAAAGGAUUAAUGAAUAGUUAAGGGUUCAGGCUGAGAAGGGUUAAUGUAGAGUCAAGGGGGCUCCAGGUUGGCAAGAGUUAAUGGAGAACCAAUGGGACUCCAGGCUAGGAAGGGUUAAUGGGGAGGAAAGGAGAUAAACACAAAAACAGAUAUACGCAGAAAGACAGACAUAAAGAUAAAUAGAGAGAAACAGGGAGAAGGCUGUGAAAGGUUAAAGAAGAGAAGAGUUGGACUCUGGUCUGGGAGGAGUUAAUAGAAAGGCUGGACCGAGAAAGGGCUCAGGGCUUGAGUCUGAGAAGGGUAAAUUGGGAAGCAGCCAGGGAAAUAGGGUUCCAAAUAGAAAGGUUUAAGGAGGAGACUAGAAGAGGAAAGGGACCAGAGGAAGAAGGUUUAUUGGUGAAGAGCCCCAGAUUAGGGGUAGUUUGUGGGGAAAUUUAGAGAAAGUAAAAGCAAGUUUUCAUAAGAGUUAAAUGAGGAUUCUGUGAAUAAGGAGCUAGGAAGAAAAGAGUUAAAGAAAAGGAGACCAGGACUUGGGAAGAGUUGGAGGUUCUAGCAAUGCAUGUGAAAAAACUUCCUUCACCUUCCUGAGGCAGGAGCUGCCCGUGCGUUUGGCCAAUAUAAUGAAGGAGAUCAAUUUGCUUCCAGACCGGGUACUAGGAACUCCCUCAGUGCAGCUGGUUCAGAGUUGGUAUGUCCAAAGUCUUCUGGACAUCAUGGAGUUCCUGGACAAAGACCCCGAGGACCAUCGCACUCUGGGACAGUUCACGGAUGCCUUGGUCACGAUCCGUAACCGGCACAAUGAUGUGGUGCCCACCAUGGCCCAGGGCGUGCUGGAGUACAAGGAGGCCUAUGGUGAUGACCCUGUCUCCAACCAGAACAUCCAGUACUUCCUGGACAGAUUCUAUCUCAGCCGGAUCUCCAUCCGAAUGCUCAUCAACCAGCAUACACUGAUCUUUGAUGGCAGCACGAAUCCUGCCCACCCCAAACACAUUGGCAGCAUCGAUCCCAACUGUGAUGUCUCCGAGGUGGUGAAAGAUGCCUAUGAUAUGGCCAAACUCCUAUGUGACAAAUAUUAUAUGGCCUCUCCCAGCUUGGAGAUUCAAGAGAUCAAUGCCUCCAACUCCAAACAGCCCAUCCAUAUGGUCUACGUCCCUUCCCACCUGUACCACAUGCUCUUUGAACUCUUUAAGAAUGCCAUGAGGGCAACUGUGGAAAGCCAUGAAUCCAGCCUCACACUCCCACCCAUCAAGGUGAUGGUGGCCUUGGGUGAGGAAGAUCUGUCUAUCAAAAUGAGUGACCGGGGCGGGGGCGUUCCUUUGCGAAAGAUCGAGAGGCUCUUCAGCUACAUGUACUCAACAGCUCCCACCCCUCAGCCGGGCACUGGGGGGACCCCUUUGGCUGGUUUUGGCUAUGGGCUCCCCAUAUCCCGCCUCUAUGCCAAGUACUUCCAGGGUGACCUGCAGCUCUUCUCCAUGGAGGGCUUUGGAACUGAUGCAGUCAUCUACCUAAAGGCCCUGUCUACAGAUUCUGUGGAGCGACUGCCCGUCUACAACAAGUCAGCGUGGCGUCACUACCAGACCAUCCAGGAGGCAGGCGACUGGUGUGUGCCCAGCACAGAGCCCAAGAACACGUCCACCUACCGAGUCAGCUAGACAGACUGCCAGUGGAGGAGGCCCUGGGAGGGUCCCCGUUGCUGGCAAGUCCCUUCUUGGCCCUGUAGUGAGGACUAUGAGGACAGAUGGAUCUCUUUAGGGACUGCUCACCCUGGUGACCUUCCCCCUGUCUGCCACCCAAGGGGCCAGGGGGGAUGUUGCCCUGAUGACCUGUCUCUGUUUCCAUGGAAACUAUGAUGAUGCCCUUUACAACACUGGUCCCCAGGUGCCAAUUUCCGUUUCCUUACAGUCCCCUGAGGAGGCUCUUCCCUUUGGACCUUCUCCUCUACCUCCACCAUCUCAAGUUGGGGGGGAGCAGGGCAGAGUUCUCCCUGAUUAUCUGACUUUCUGUGGCAACUGCAGUGAUGCCCUCACUACAGUGGCCCCUAGGUGCCAAUAUUUGUCUCCAUAGAAACCCCUGUGGAGACCCCUAGGGUGGUCUGUCUGGUGACUUUUCCCCCUACCCCCACUCCCCCACGGGAAGAGUCUCCUCCAUGACUUGUCUGUUUCCUUGGCAACUGGGAUGAUCCCUUCACUACGGUGGCCUCUGGGUGCCCAUCUGUCACUGUGGAGAACCCUUGGGAUGGUGUCCAUAGUGACCUUCCUCCUGCCCUGCCACCAUCCCAAUGGAAGGGAAAGUGGGGAUUCUCCCUGAUGACCUAUCUCUUUCCUUGGCAAUGGCAGUAAUGGCCUCACCACAGUGGCCCCCAAGUGCCAGUCUGUCUUCAUAGAGUCCCUGGGGGAGACCCCUGGGAUGAUCUCCCUGAUGAACAAUCUCCUUGGUGUCCUCCUGGGUUGGGGAGUCUCUAGAACCGCUCCAGAAGGGCAUUCCAAUGGCAAUGGACUGGCGGUAACCUCCACCCCAUCAAGGUGGAAUCUGUCAUUUAGCCUGGGGGAGGGGGUGAGGAGGGGCCACCUAUCCACCCCCUCUGGGUCUUCCAUCUGGAUCCUUCAGCUUGCCUUCUCCUUGUCCUUCAAGCCAUCACUCCCCUGGAGUCAGGCUCUUAUCAGUGUUAUGAAAGAACUGAGUGAGGUUCGGGGCAAAAAGAAGAGAGGACACCAGCAACUAAUGGUGGAUCAAGGAGGCUCUGGCCCCUAUUCUGUUCACUCUGCUAAUGGGCUUAUCACGCUUCCAACUUCCAUUCUGGGGCUUAUGAAAAGGGGAAUGUGAGUGGAUGGGGGAUAUCUCCUCCCAGAGAUAUUGGGGCAAGUGUUGGUCUAAUCAUUAGACUCUAAUGGAAAAACUCUAUUUAGAGGAGACUAAAGACAACCCAAGGGUAAGCUUUCCCACAGUUCACCAGACCCUCUGCCUAAGCAGUAUUUUCCCCUCCCUCCUUGGCUAGGCUCUCUAUCACAUGCACCCCAUCCUGCCUGCAGCAGCUGCAGUCUCUUGGAUUCCCUUCUUCAUUCCUGCCUCUUUCUCCCUGAAAAAAACAAACACCCUUGUGCUUGGUGUGGCUUGCUCCCCCUAAGCUGUAUGUAGAUAUGUAGUUUUGUAUCCCUAGGAUGGCCUUCCCCUCUCUCACCAUUGUCCAGCACACGAGGGGUUACGUUGUGUGUUCCUCCUGGCAACACCUGGUAAAAAGGAGAUUGAAUGAGA